CAGGAGUAGAGAUAGCAGUACUUGUGUUACAGUCUAUCGUAUGUUGUGUAAACGUCUGUUCAAACACACCUCACAUCGAUGACAACAAUGGCAGUUGCUUUGUGGAGGAGUGUGUUUAGUGUAGGUAUCAUAUGGUUCUAUUUGGCGGCCCAAGUAAUCGUUAUUGAGGCGGAAACAGAGACCUUGAAAGCGAAACCAUUCUCCUUCGCAAGUUACUAUGGAGACCACAUGGUUCUUCAACAAGCGCCUAAGAAAGCUGCAAUCUGGGGCUAUGCUUCAAAAGAAGGGGAGACAAUUACAUUGAACAUUAGUGGUAAGGGACAGGUGCAUACAACAUCCUUUAAUGGACCUAUGGCAGCAACCCCUGUGUGGUCAGUUCAACUUCCUGCCAUCGAUGCCGGUGGGCCUUACAACAUCACAGCGACAUCUAGCGAGGGCAGCAUUGGCUUAACUGAUGUGUUGUUUGGGGACGUCUGGAUAUGUUCGGGUCAGAGCAACAUGCAGUUUACACUCAAUAUGGGCUUUAACAGUUCGGAAGAGGUCGCAGAUGCUGUCAAUCAUCCCAACAUCCGGGUGUUUACUGUGGCUUGGGGAGGGUCGUCGGUGGAACAAUAUGAUCUUUUGAAUGUCAAUGAAACCUGGUCUGUACCUAAUAAUGAAUCCGUCAAUGGACCGGCUUGGUCGUACUUUUCGGAAGUCUGCUGGUUAUACGGGAAGUACCUGUCGUCGCAUCUCAAAUACCCCAUCGGCCUCAUUGCGACGUCAUACGGAGGAACCCGAGUGGAGGCGUGGUCAGGUCCCGAUGUUUUCAAGCAAUGUGGCGUAUCAGCGAUAAAUAAGAACGGGGAUGUCAACCCGAAUUCACCCUCAGUUCUGUGGAACGCAAUGGCCAGACCAUUCGUGAAUAUGACCAUAUAUGGAGCCAUUUGGUAUCAGGGUGAAGCCAAUGCUGGAUCUCCAACAAUGGACAUGUACAGCUGUAUGUUCCCAGCCAUGAUAGAUGACUGGAGAGACAAGUUCCACCAAGGAUCAGGAGGACAAACAGACCCAGCUUUUCCUUUUGGAUUUGUACAGCUGGCACCAUGGAGAGACAACGAUACCCUAACUACCGGCUUCACAGACAUUCGUUGGCAUCAGACAGCUGACUAUGGCUACGUCCCAAACGCCAGGAUGAAGAACACCUUCAUGGCGGUGGCCAUGGACCUGCCGGACUUCUCGUCUCCGUAUACAGGUAUUCAUCCCCGGGACAAGCAAGAUGUGUCUAUGCGUCUGUGUACAGCUGGACUUGCUGUGGCCUACAACCAAACUCGGUACUCCAAAUUCAACGGUCCUUUACCUUCUUGGUUUACAAUCUGGAUGGCCGACGGCAUUCUACAGAUAGACUACGACAACAAAACAACAGUUCUGGAAAUUAGAUCAACAAGCGGUUUUGAGAUUACGUGCACAAACGUAUCAAGACGUACAUCUGGAGCCUCGGAUGAUACCAGCUGGUUCCCCCUUCCGAUCACGUCGCAUAACGCUACCUCAGUAACUCUUAACUACACCCAGAUCUGUCCGUGGUCAAAAGCAAAGACUUUGUCUGUAAUACGAUACGCAUGGCGUGAAUCUCCGUGUCCCUUUAAACAGUGUGCAGUCUACAACAAGGAAAGUGGCUAUCCCGCCCCACCCUUUAUCAAAGGUAUAUAUAGGCCAGAUAUGUAUAAUGUCAAACUUGUGAAAUAAAAUGUGGCAGCUUC